CAGAAUCCGAAGCAGGCUCCAGGCUCUGAGCGGUCAGCACAGAGCCUGACACGGGGCUAGAACUCACGAACUGUGAGAUCACGACCUGAGCCCGUCGGACGCUUAACUGAUGGAGCCCCCCAGGCAGCCCGGACAUGGUACUUUUCAUACCCAGAUUCUCCAGCUCUGGUGCAGCAGGUCCAGGGUGGGUGUGGAAACCUUUUUAUUCUUAUGUCUCCCAUGGUCCCUGUGACUUGUGACAAGAUGUUGUGGGCACUUGAGGUCUCUGGGGAAAUCUCCUCCCACGCCAGCACCCUCACUCUUGGGGCUGCCUCUGGGAGGUUAGGGGGCCCCCACGUCUUCCAGAAGAGACAGGAGAGGUGGUGGGGAGGAGAGAACCCGGGCUUUGGCCCCACACACAGGCAAACGGGCCCCAGCUCUGCCCCUGCUAGCCACGUGACCUAGAACAACCUCCCUACGCCCCAUUCCCUCACAUACAAAGGGAGGCAGAGACGCCCGCAUCGCCACGUGGUUGUCAGCUGUGACCCAGCCAGGCCCCAGCACAGCGCCAGGCCCCAGCAACGGCAGCAAGCGUGCCCGUGGGUGUUGCCCAAAGCCCCGUCCAUAUACUCUGAUCCGAUCCUUACAAUAUGUCAGCACAGCAGACAUUACCCCCUGGCCCAGAAGCAGAAGCUGUGUGGGCCCCGAGAUGGAGAGUGAGUUACCCACAUGACACAGGUGCUACAUGGCAGGACGGGGACUCUAUUCUGACCCACGCUGGCCACACUCCAGAGGGGUGUUCUAGGCUGCCUGGAGGUGGCAGCUCCUUAAACAACAAUGAAGGGGCUGCCUCGGGCGGGUGCUGGGGUGUGGUGGGAAGAUCUCAGCAAGCAAGGGCACCUGAAUUAGGAGCUUCCCAGGAGAUGCGCCUGCUGAUGCUAAGCAGGCUGGCGGUACAGGGGGCUGCUUCCUUCUCCUGGGGCCUCUGGCUCCGGCGGGCCAGGGAUUAGGGGCUCCAAGGGGCUAUUGACAUAGCACCUUUGAUUAGCACUCCUGUGUCAGAAGGGCUGGCCGGGAAAUGAGGGCAUUGAGGCUGGGGGGGGGGGGGGGGGGGGCUGGUGUCCAGGACCCAGGCUGGGCCUGAGGAGCGGGCUGGUUCCUAGCGGGAAGGCUGAGAGACCCCGGCCCCCCGCCCGGGAGGAUGCCGCCCUGCUCUGCCCGCCCCCACCCCGGCCAAGGACCGCAACUGAACUCUCACCUCUGCUCAGUGGGGCUGCCCGGAGGCCUCAUUUCCCAGCCUUACACGUCGGCAGGCGAAGGCAGGCUCGGGCCAGGGGAGCAGGAGCCACUGGCACCGGCACUUGUCAAAACACAGGCCCCAGAGGUGUGAAGUCCUCACCCCAGCGGGAGGGCGUGUGGGCCCUGCAGCCCGGAGAACUCAUUAACGGGGGCAGCUCCCAAAUGAACCCACAGGAGAGGCUGGCGAUAAGGAGAUCAAAGGUGAUGGGGGGAGAGGAAAAAGGGAGGCGACUGACAGGAGGUGGUGGAGCCCAGGCCCCAGCUUGGGGGGGGUGGGUCUCUCCUCUUCCCCAGCUUAGCUCCAUCGGGCCCACUGGCCGUGGCCCUUGUACAAACUGGGCCUGGACACCCCAAGGGCAACAGGAGAGGGAGGGACUCCCAGGCGGCAGCCUUUAGGGCUGAAGACGCCAAGGUUGGGGUCGGGGGUGGAGCCCCGGGACCUUUUUAGCCCUCCUUCAGCCUGCCAUGCACCGCUCACGGUGUCCUCCCCUGCUCCAGACCUCUUGGUGGUUCCCGGGCAGGUGCCCGAGGGAUGUCAAACCUCAGGUCCCAGAUGUGAGAAUCCUCAGGAGACAGAGCUGCGUUUUUUCAGGAUAAACAGUCUGCCUCCCACACAUACGGCCUGUUGUCCAAAACAUGUCUGGUUGAUUUUGUGCUUUUACAAUAACAAACCGGCACCGGUGGUUUCCUCUGGACACAGAAUGGCAGGCCUCAGAGGCGGGGAUAGUAAUGAACUUUGUCACACCCUUCAUUACCUGUUGCGCUUUUGACUUUCCGGUCACACGCACAUACUGUAUUUUCAGAGAUGAGAGUAAAGCAAAAGGGUGGCUGAUUGCCUAGGAGUUUUGGGUUGUGCUGAGUUUCCUCAAUUAGCUACAAAGUGGAAAUCAGAAUUCUGUGGGGAUUGGAGGGAUUUUUUUUUUUUUUUGACAUUCAGAAGGUUGGCAGCAGAGGCUCUGAGCCCUCUCAGAUCCCAUCCCUCCUGCUUGAUGGGUCUUUAUUCUGCACCCCACCCCCCCACCCCCGCCCCUCGCCUGAGUGCACAACAUACUCUACCAAGUCCCAACUGUUUGUCCCCUUGGGUCCGGUGGGAUCAAAAGUGCCCAGCCACUGGGCUGCAAUACCAGCUUCUUAGCUUGGAUCUGGAGCCCCAGGAGGGCAUCCAUCGAGCAGGGUCCAAAAGGAGACCCUACUGACAGCUUCAAGCUGGGAGGGCUCUCCUGGACCAGACUCUCCUUGGGAAUGGGUCCUACGGCAGCUCCCCUUCUCCCCAGGGGUGGGUUGGGACUGCCUCUCCUGGAUGUGACCGUGGGCGUAAGCAUUCUGGGGCCGCUGGGACAGACUGCAGAGGAAGGGGGUGUAGAAGGUGCUGGAAGAAGCCGAGGGCAGGAGAAGAUAAAAGAGGCAAGGGCGGGGGACGGUGGGGGCAGAGAUGCCCAGGGAGAAGCUGCUAAACCACUUGGCCUUCUUUGCUACAGACCAGCUCACCCGGCAGUCACAGGGCUAGAAGGCAUUGGGGAUGCAAAAUGUUAGACCCCUCACACUGGAAGAGACCCUACAUACCGCUUCUCUUGAAGACAUGCUACACACCAGACCUGGCUGCAGUAUGCCUCAAGGCUCCCGUUAUACAAACUGGGAACGAAUUUGCAAGAAAGCGUAAGAAUCUGCAUAAGGUCCCAACAGGUGAAGGCAGCCCCAAGCCCAGGUACUGUACUUUCAGUUCCCCGGACCGCGCUUCCUCUGACCUGCUGGGCUGUCCCAACACGCCAGGCAGCGCGGGCAAGAGGCCCCAGGGGCUGGCUCCGAUGCCCAUGCGAGGGCCCAGGUGGGGCCGACCUGGGGCGGCCAAGGGGCCCGCACCUUCAGCACCCCCCCCCGUUGGUUCAAAGGGUAUGGCCCCGCCCCCUCCAGGCCCCGAGCCCGCUUUGAAGUGCUGAUGCGGCCUGGAAGGGGCCACUUCACACCUCGGGCUCGGGAUAAAGCGGUCGCCGGGCGCCGGUCCGCAGAUGCGCCGCCGCCGCCAUGGCCCAGUCCCUGUGCCCGCCGCUCUCCGAGUCCUGGCUCCUCUUCCCGGGUUGGGGCCCGCCUCGGCCUCUGCCUCUGCCGCCCUCCGACAGGGACUGCGGCUGCUCCCCCGCCUCGUCCCCGGACUCCUGGGGCAGCGUCCCGGCCGGCAGCCCCGAGCUGAGCCCCGGACGGCCCGGCACCCACGCGGCCGCCGGAGCCCGGGGCGCCGGGAGGCGCGGCGCGCGCAGCAGCCGCCUGGGCUCCGGGCAGCGGCAGAGCGCCAGCGAGCGCGAGAAGCUGCGCAUGCGCACGCUCGCCCGCGCCCUGCACGAGCUGCGCCGCUUUCUGCCGCCGUCCGUGGCGCCCGCCGGCCAGAGCCUCACCAAGAUCGAGACGCUGCGCCUGGCCAUCCGCUACAUCGGCCACCUGUCGGCGGUGCUGGGCCUCAGCGAGGAGAGCCUGCAGCGCCGGCGCCGGCGGCGCAGCGACGCGGCGGUGCCUCGGGGCUGCCCGCUCUGCCCCGACGGCGGCCCCGCGCAGACGCAGACGCAGGUGCAGGUGGAGGCGCGCGCCCAGCUUCUGGGCUCAGCCGCCAGCCCCUCCGCGUCCUGGGGGUCCCCGCCGGCCUGUCUCGGAGAACUAGGGGCGCCGCAGCCGCGCGACCCGCCGGUGCUUUAUGACGAGGCGGCGUGUUCGGAAUCGCAGGCAAUGGAGCCGAGCCCCUCGUCUCGGCUCUUUCCCGGCGACGUGCUGUCCCUGCUGGAGACCUGGAUGCCCCUCUCGCCCCUGGAGUGGCCGCCGGCCUGAGUCGAAGUGACGAUGUACAAUUGGCGCCCUGUGAGCAUCGAGGCCCUUUUGGCUUUCAGCACCUUCAGAACGGUCCCUCUCCAGACUCCCUUUCCUAGGAGAGGGCACCUGCGAUACUGGCAUGGGCAUUCCUGAGAGCGAGAGCCCGUCCCCACCCAAGACAACUCUCCCCAGCCCCUCCGGCAAUGGAGGGACCCAUAGGUUGACCCUUGGAGGCAGGCAGGGGGCGCCUGCCUACUAUGUAUUUAUUUAUUUGUGAAUA